UCUUUCUAAUAUCUAUGAUUCCUCCCCUCUCCAUGUCCGAGGAAAAGAGGACGUCUGGUCACCCUAUAAUGUAGAUAAUGUUAAUACCUCUAAAGUAAAUGUAAGUCAUUACAAAUAAUUUUGUAAAUGUGAAUAAUGCUAAAUAAUUCUCACAUUUCCGGUCAGGCACAUAUCUGGACAGGUCUGCUUAGUCCUCAUGUGUCUGCUGACUAGAUCAGCUGACAGAUGAGACGACAACAAUCUUAGUCAUUUGACUCGUAUCUUGAUCGACUUUUAGUGUAGUUACUGCUUUGUUACAUUAGUUCUGCAUUUUACCAAGACCGUGGACACAUUUCAAAGUAUGCGCGAGAUCUCUUUUAUUGCAGUCCAGUUCAGUCUAUUCACUGCAUUGGAGAGGAGACAGUUCACGCUUCCCGUGUCUUGGCCAUCAGUAGAGUAGGCUAACGUUAGCUUGGCAGCUUAUUAAGCACCUUACAACACCAAGAUGUCUGGACCAAACGGCGAUCCCAACAUAACAAUUGAUGAUGGUAUCAUUGAGGACGACGAUGACUUCAAUGAGGAAGAAUACGCCGCUAUCAACACGAUGUUGGACCAGAUCAACUACUGCUUAGAUGACCUUGAAGAUCGCAAUGAUGCGCUAAACGGCAAGCUACGCGAGCUGCUGGAAUCCAAUCGGCAGGCACGCCAGGAGUUCAGGGCAAAAAUUAACGAGAGUUUGGCUGAAGGUCAACAGCAUCCAGUCAUUGAGCAGUCCUCAAAUGAGACUCCAACACCAACCAUAGAAGAAAAUAACGAGUAACCUUAAACACAAUGUAUUGGUCAUUG